AUGACGGACCUCAAUACACCCGACUCAUUCCCUGCUACGCCUGAUGGCUUGGUCGACAGAGAUGGCCUCAGCAGCCCCGCGUCGCCCGGUUCCGCCGAUUCGUCCGAGGCUAGCACCCCACUCGAAGGCCCUUCUGAGAACCUCUCAGGCUUUCCCAAGCGUGUACCCUCAUUGCGAACCGUCUCCGAUCCGCAAAACAUGACGCCUUCUUCGACCCCCCUUGGCUUGUUGAACAACGCUCGCGGGCCACCUUCCACCUCACGGCCACCUCCCACCGCCUCCAUGAUGAGCAUGGGCAGCGGGCCGAUGAACGAAGUCAUGGCAAGAGCGCGAGCGCUUCAGGCUCAUCGCGCGGGGAAACCCGCAGGGCCACAACUUGCCGUCAAUAACAUGCCGAGCUCCCCAGCAUCGCCAGUGCCUCGUCAAGGCUCCCCCGGUGGCAUGCCUGGAGGGCUCCCGGCCAACCUUCAACUGCCGAAUGGUAUGGUUAGACCGCUCCCUGGCCACAUGCCUUGCUCCGCUCCUGUCAUUCCAACGAAGAAACUCCCGCUCUCCGCCAGGCGGCCCAUGAUGAGGUUGUCUGGCAUGAGUGGUUCCACGCCUACGACGUCUUCGACACCCAAGCUCUCUGAUAUCCAUGGUCCCGAUAACAACGGAGGGGCGCCAAAUGGGACGACGGGGUCCAAGAUGGACGAUUUUAAGAAGUACAUCGACUCUGAGAAGGGCUGGAUCACUUUUGACGGCGCUGCGACUAUUACCAAAACUGGAGUGAAUUUCGCCAACGGCACCGCCUUCACCAUCUCUUUGGACGAAGUCGAGGUCAUGGACGAGCUGGGGAAGGGAAAUUACGGCACUGUCUAUAAAGUCAAGCACACAAAAUCAAGAGUACCUCGGUUCGGACCUGGUCUGGGUGGCUUCAAGCCUGGAAGCUUAGGCACAGCGCAUUCGGAUCCCUCGCCCAUUAGGCGACCCGACGGGUCUCCGGAUUCAUCACCAGUGUCUGCGGCACCAGAAGGCACGUCAGGGAGAGUGAUGGCCAUGAAGGAGAUCCGCUUGGAACUGGAGGAGGCCAAGUUCACAACGAUUUUGAAGGAGCUCGUCAUCUUGCACGAGUGCAUAUCACCCUACAUUAUCGAUUUCUACGGGGCCUUCUUCCAAGAGGGCGCGGUAUACAUGUGCAUUGAGUACAUGGACGGCGGAUCUAUUGACAAGUUGUACGACGGCGGUAUCCCGGAAGGUGUAUUACAAAAGAUCACCUACUCGACGGUAAUGGGCCUCAAGUCGUUAAAGGAUGAGCAUAACAUCAUUCACCGAGACGUCAAGCCCACGAACAUCCUGGCCAAUACCAGGGGCCAAGUCAAGAUCUGCGAUUUCGGCGUUAGCGGGAACCUCGUUGCGAGUAUUGCCAAGACCAACAUUGGUUGCCAGAGCUACAUGGCACCCGAAAGAAUAUCAGGAGGUGGAAUGGCUGCUGGCGCCGAUGGCACUUAUAGCGUGCAGAGCGAUAUUUGGAGUUUGGGCUUGACUGUUAUCGAGUGUGCAUUAGGACGAUACCCAUACCCACCUGAGGUAUCGUCGACGAUUUUCAGUCAACUGAGUGCCAUUGUCGAAGGCGAACCCCCCGGUCUGCCCGAGGAGGGAUACUCUAGCACGGCGCGCGACUUCGUCCGCAAAUGUCUCAACAAGAUUCCCAAGGACCGCCCGACGUACGCAGCACUGCUUCAACACCCCUGGAUGGCGCCUUUCUCCAAGAUCGAAACGAUCGCCGAGGAGGCUGAGGAGGGAGAUGAGGCCGAAGCCGUGGCCGAGACUGUCGGCAAACUCUCCUUGUCGUCCGGGACCGAGGAUGAGGAAGUAGCAGAGUGGGUCAAGUCUGUGUUGGAGCGUAAGCGCUCCGGUCUCGUCGCCCCGGCGGCACGGCCAGCACUCCAUGCCGUACCAUUGGACAGUGUCAGCCCCUCGCCGAGCCCCCUAGCUGGGGCCGGUGGCCAGCUGCAGUAA